CGCGCCACCAGACCGGACAGACACCGAGCGGACCGUCCCGACCUGCUGCUGCUGCUGCUGCUGCUGCCAAUGGCUUCCUUCAUCUCCUCCCUCCUCCUCCUCAUCGUCGCCACCCUGACCUUCGUCCCCACUGUCCUCGUCCUUGUUGCUGUCUCCAUGGCAACGCCGGCUGUCAGUCAGUCAGUCGAUGAGCUGCCAGACCCCUCCUGUAAUGAUUGGGGUGAGUCCAGUAGGGGAGCAGUCUCAGUCCUGGACGGUGAGGUCAGCUGGCUCUCUUGUCCUCUUUUCUCUCAUCCCUCCGUCUAUAACUACUCCUCCACUCAGAGCGCCGGACACAACCUGUUCUGGUACCGCCUCCUGGACGGCCACGACCUGGAGCAGCCAAUCACGUACAGCUCGAGACUCAGUAAAGACCGAGAGAGACUCUGGCUGCAGCCGGCUGCUACCGCCGAUACAGGACAGUAUAUCUGUAUGCUGAGGAACAGGACGUCCUGCAGUAAGAUCUCGAUGCGUCUGAAGGUGCUGCGACCCAACGAGACGACGCAGACGGGCGAAGGCUGCGAGCCGCCGGUUGCCGUGGCGCCCAUCCAGACGUACAUCCCUCUGCAGAGCGGGAAGAUACUCGACUGUCCAGACGUGAAGGACGGAGAGAAGAUGGCAGAAAACAAGAUGAACGAGAGCACGAUGAAGGUCACCUGGUACCAUGAGUGCAGACCCUACCCGUUCUGGAGCAGUGAUCGUGAGCUGAAAGGUUUGAGUCUUCAGUUCCACAUCAUGUACAACAUCUACGAGGGUUUGUAUUACUGCGUGGUUCAGUACGAGUGGAGAGGACGCAAGCUGCACUUCACCCGGAGCAUCAACGUCACCGCUAGACAACCGACUAAUUUACCCAAAAUGCCGAGCAUCCUGCACCCGACCAAGGAGCAGGUCGUCUCCGUCAAACAGAACACAGAUGUGCGUCUGAGGUGCAGAGGACUCUUCCCCUUCCUGGACUCACCGUGGGAGAUCUGGUGGACGGUGGACGGGAAGACGACGGAGCAGCUGGCCGAUCCUCGAUUCUCCCAAACCAACGAGUUUGUGAAAGACGACCAUGGAGACCGGACGGAGGACAGGAUACUGCUGAUCAAAGACUUCCAGUCAGAAGACCUGAAGAGGAAGUACAACUGCUCCGUGAAGAACGCCGUCGGCUUCGAGACCCGUCAGGCUCAGCUGGAAGAGGAAGUGUCUCUGCCGGCGAUGGAGCUGGGCUUUGGUCUCGGUGUCACUCUGCUCCUCAUGCUUCUGCUCUUCAUCAUUUAUCACGUCUUCUGGUUGGAACUGCUGCUGCUCUACAGAUCCUGGUUCGGUACCGACGAGAGACACACAGAUGAUAAGGAGUACGACGUCUACAUCUCGUACGCCAGGAACAGUGAGGAGGAACAGUUCGUUCUGUCGACUCUUCGCAGAGUUCUGGAGAACGAGCUCGGAUACUCAGUGUGUAUCUUUGAUAGAGACAGUCUGCCUGGAGGGACCAUCACAGACGAGACUCUGAGUUUUGUGUCUCGUAGCCGGCGCCUCCUGGUGGUGGUUAGCCCCGGCUACGCCUCCCAGGGUUCCCAGGCCCUGCUGGAGCUGAAGGCCGGCAUCGAUGGCAUGGCGCUGGGUGGACACCUGCGGGUGAUCCUGGUCCAGUACAAGCCGAUCCGGAGGAAGGUUUGGGUCAGAGAGCUGAGGAGGGCUCGCGUGGCCCUGGCGCUGGUCCGAUGGCAGGGAGACAAGUCCCAGGAGCUGACGUCCCGCUUCUGGAAGAGGCUGAGGGUGGAGUUACCUGUGAGGAGGGUUGGCAGCGGGGAGGAGGGGAGCGGGAAGGAGGGGGCCCUGAUGAGGAUGUUGAGUCAGAACAGCACCAACUCCCAGACGGGCCUCAUCACCAACACGGUCAAAGAGCCGCAGAAAGUCUUCAACUCUGCAUCAUAGACGAGUCGGAGGUCUGCAGCAGCAUUUCACUGAGAACAGUCACAGCUUAGCUUUGACACGUUAACAAGACACGACAGCGUUACUUCUUCAUGACCGAGACCUGGAGCUGCGACAGACCAAAGAUCUGUGAGACAGCUCGGACAGGAAGUCACACUUUUUACUUUUAUUCUUGGAAAGGUUUUCUUGGUCAUAAUGAGGGUUCAGGUUCCUUCUCUUCACUUCAGUUUCUACCUCUGGCUAAUUUUUAAAGCCAGUUUCAGUGUUUGUCUUUAAGACUCAGUCACGCUUUUUAGUGCCUUAUGAAAACAAUCAGUAUGUAUUAAUGUGUUCUGGUGACACAAACAGUAUUAAAAAAAGGUUGUAUAGAAAAUACCAAGAUUUAAAUUUGGUAAUAAGAGCUGCAACUAACUAUUAUUUUCAUCAUUGAAUAAUGUGCCAAUUUUAAUUAUUUUAUCAAUUAAAUGUUAAACAUGGUGAAAGAAAUGUCAUUCACAGUUUCUCAGGACCCAGAACGAUGUUUUUAACCGGCUCUAAACCUUCAGUUAUUCAAUCUUCUGUCAUAUAUGACGAAGAAAACAGAAAAACAUCACAUGUGAGUCGCUGGAACCAACAAACAUUUGGCAUUUUUAGUAGAAAUAUACUAAAUAAUCAAUCGCCAUGAGCAAAUUAUAGCCUGAAGUCAUUUCAGUUAAUUAGUUAGCACUUCUGCCCCCUACAGGUUGUAGUGUACAUUGCAGCCACAGCAGCUUCC